GCCUAUUCGACCAGAAAUCUCUGGUCAUAUAGUCCCCGAGCCUAAAUAACCAGAGAGAAAAGUAUAAUCCGUUUUCAACUCUAAUUAGUGAAUUCUUAUUUAAUUAAUGAAAAGUGAUCAAUUAAAUAGUAAAAAAAGAAAUACUAGUGAAAAAAUUAACAAUUGUUUCAGAGAAUUCAGUUUUCUUUUUCAUGUGAAAAUAUCUCAUGUGGUAUCAGUUCUUCUGGAUUUUGAUCUCAAAAUUUGCCUUUAACUGAAUUAACAUUGGAUUCAAUUCAUUAAGACUUGAUCCCAUUUCUGGCUAUUUAGGCUUAACCAGAUCUCAACACGUGAAAAUAUUAACAACCGAUUCUCAUGUUUGGUUAAUUCAUUUAAGAAUAAUUUUAAUUUUUAGUUCGAUCAAUUUACUUAUGUGAUUAGUUAAUUAUUCCAACUGUUUGCUUAUCUUAUCUAGAAUUUGAUUGUUUAUUCAAGUUUAUUGGAUUGGUUAUUUAUUUUUAAUUAUGAAAAAUAAGGUUCGAGUUGCUGCUAAGGCAACUAAAGGCAGAGGUAAUCGAUGGAGAAAAGGUGAAAGUAGUAAUUGUAAUGCUGCCACUAAAAAGUUCCGUCAAAGAGUAAAUUUGAUGGGCCCUAUUUCAAAGAGUUCAUCUAAUCUUGAUGAUUUUGAAAAUCUGCGACUUAGUUCAAUCAAUUUAAGUGCCCAUUCUUUAGGUGGAGGUGAUGAAACUGCUCGUGAAAUAAAAUCUGUAUCAAUGGACGUUGACCAGGAAUCAAUGGGCAGUUGUAAUACAUUUGCAUCCAUUUAUACCAAUUGUACUAAUGUCAGUUUCUCUAAACUUUUGGAGAAAUGGAAUCCAUCAUCAGUGUUACACAAAGAAAUGAUUGCUAUUCUAGCAACCAUAACAGAAACAAUCAAGGAAAAGGGUGGAACAGAAAGUGAAACUGAAUAUUUUGCCAUUUUAAUCACUUUACUUGAAACCACCGAUAAAGAUGAAACUUUAGCAGCAAUCGCCUAUUUAUUGGGCAUGGUGGUUAGACGACUUCCUGAUUCAGUAAAGAAGCUUAAAUUCAGUGAGAUGAGUCAAAUUUUCGCUGCGAAAAUAGUUGCCAAUCGUGAGAAAACCAAUGGCUACCUAAUGAUAAAUCUAAUUCGUUGUCUAAGUGAAUUCAUCAAAAGCCAAGAAGUGGUUGUAUUGAAAUCUCCUGCAACAUUUGCUGUCUACAAAGUGCUUCUUGAUUUAACCCUUGACCCAAAGCCAAAGAUUCGUAAAUCAGCUCAUCGAUCCAUCGUUAAUAUACUGAAAACAAGUAAACUUGUCUACGAAAAUGCUGAACAUCAUGCAUUAGCUGAACAAACGGCCAAAUUUUGUGUCGACAAAUUUUUAUCCACAAGCGUGAAUAACAUUAAUGACGCUUUACAUAUGCUUAAUUUGAUGAGAGAUAUAAUCACCAUCAUCCCAUCAAAAGCACUCAAGGUUUGUUGCGAAGCCGUGACAAGAGUAACAACAAUUUCCCAUGCUAAUCCUUUACUGGUAAAUGGUGGACUUUCAGUUUUCCUUCAACUAUUUAAUUCAUCAUCACCACUUCGUGGAUUAACAUCACAAUUUAACUAUAUUCUUCUAAAUCGUCUCAAAGAUAAUCGUCCAAGUUAUACUGAUUCUCAAUUACUACCACUUUGGGUUGCCGUUAUGAAGGAAGGUUACAUUAGCCUCUAUUCACUUGAUAAAUCAAAAUGUCUCAUUGAAAUUUCAUCACUAUUAAGUUCACUUUUACCCUGUUUUGAAAGUGAAUCAAAAAUUGUUCACAUUACUGUUACAACCUCGAUUCAACAAGUUAUCCAAACAAUUAUUGCCCCUUCUCUAAGUGAAUUGAAUUACACCGUUCGAGCAACAAUGGCCGAUAUUUUCGAGGACAGUUUACAAUUUAAGUAUCAAAAUGCUUGGGGAUUCAUUUGUAGUAUUAUUGGAACUCUAAUUGAACAUGUUGGCUCUCAAGCUCCUGAUUUGGUUUCUCGUUUUAUCAAGAAACUAAUUGACCUUCGUGAAGGAUAUAAUACCAAAUUUUUACCCCAAAUUGACAUAGCAAUUAGUAAAGCGAUUAAAAAUCUUGGGCCCAAAAUUAUACUUGACAUUGUUCCCCUUGAGAUGGAUCUUAGUGAUACUAAUCAAUUUACUCACAGUUGGUUAAUACCCUUGUUCCGAGAUAACAUUGAGAAAACCGAGUUACGAACAUUUAAAACUUUCUUCCUUCCAUUGGCCAAAAGAAUCGAGAUUAAAAUAUCAACAUUGGAUAAAGUAAAACAAUCAAUUUACAUAAAACUUUAUUCAACUUUACACAAUCAGAUUUGGUCUUUGUUACCAUCUUUCUGUCGACAUGCGACCGAUAUUAAGACGGCAUUUACUAAAGAUUUUGCUUCUUUAUUGAGAAAUGUUAUCAGAGAGAAUACAGUUCUAAGAGGUUACUGUUUGGCUGGUCUUCGUAACCUCAUCAAAACUGUAUCAUCGGAAGAAGAUAAAACAAUUUUAAAAUACUUUGCUAAAGGUUAUCUUCAAGAUUUCAUCACGAUUUACAUUAAUCCCGAAACCAGUGGAUCUGGAAAGAAGGACGUUCUCCCAACGUAUGAGACUCUACGAGUUUAUCUAACGAUUGCUGAUGAUGAAGUUCGUGAGAAAAGUUUGGAAACUGUUAUGAAAAACUUGCGAAACUUUGACGGAGAUGUUGCACUUCGUAAUUACCUGUUGGAUAUUCUAUUAUUAUAUAUUCCAUUUUUUACAACAAAGCAAAUUAAGCUUAUCUAUGGAGAAAUAAUUCUUCCCGUUAUUCAAAAAUCGGAUGAAAAUUCUCAUCUGAAAAAGAUUUACAAGAUAAUCCAAGAGAUUUGCUGUAAUCCCAAUUGCAAGGAGUUUAUUUUAUCCCUUAAAGUUAAUAUUAUUGAUCUUUUCGUUGGACUAUUUAACUCAAGCCCUGAUCAAGUUAAAUAUUUACCUGUUAAUUCACUAGACAUUUUGUGUCAAAAGGAGAUAAUUCAAUUGGAAAAGAAACAUAUCCCCAUCAUGUUGAGAUUAAUUAUCGACUCAGUUGAAACUGGAAGAGAAAAGUGUAAAAAGACAGCCUUUGUUUUCCUUACUAAUCUUCCAAAAUACCUGAACAAUAAUACUACUUUUAUCCAGCAAACUCUAAUCAAUCAGGUGACACUUCAUAGUCCAGAAUUAAGAUCAGCAGAGAUCCUGGUUCUUGGACAUGGUAUUUUCGACCUCGAGCAAGAACAAUUAACCAAUGAAGUUCGUGGUAAAUUAUUCCAAUUGCUUGAUCUUUUAAAAUCUGAAGAUCGGUCUAUCGUUCGAGCUGUUUUCCAAACAAUCAAUUUAUGGAUUAAAAAGACUGACAAAGAGGAGCUUGGUCAUGUUGCUUAUAACAUCGUCAUGGCGCUGAAUAAUGUGAGUGUGGAUCAACGAAAAUCUUUCAGACACGAAGUGAAAGUUUUGCUCACCAAACUGAUUCGUAAAUUUGGCUACGAAAUGUUGUCUAAAUUAAUUCCACCAUUUUGCGAAAAAGUUUUGCGAAACAUACGAAAAUCAGAAGCUCGAAAGGCCCUUUCGAAAAAUGAAACCUCUGGUGAUAUUUUCGAUGAUCUAGCAAGUGGAACCAUUGCAACUUCUACUACUCAUCGAUCAACCAAAUCGAUGACUGAUAUUUUGAAUGAAGAUUCUGAUUCAGAUGAUAGUUUACUUGACGAAGAUGAUGAGGAUGACAAGAAAAGUCGAGCAUCAACUAGAAAAUCACGAAAAGCUCGAUCCGAGACAUUUAUCGAAGAAAGAGGGGACGAAGAAGAAAUUGUCGAUCUAUUGGCUCCAAAUAUCAACAGUCGAAUCCAUUCAUCGAAUCCACUAAAAUCAGUUGCCCCGAAACCCAAAAAGAAGGACGAAUAUCAUAUGACAGCUGAUGGUAAGAUUUCGUUCAAUUUCAAAGAGAUGGAAAGAGGAACCAAAAGGAAACGAGGAGAUGAAGAAAAUAACAGGAGCGACGAAGAUGAUGAAGACGAUGACGACAUGGAUGAAAGAGCUACAAAAACCAACGUUUCUCGAACCUCAAAAACUUCAAGAACUUCGAAAAUAUCUAAAGUAUCAGCGACAACCUCACAUGGUACAAAAGCGAGCUACAAACCUGGAGGUCAAGGUAUUCAUAGACCUGUUAAGAAACGAAAAACAGGAAUCAAAGGAGCCAAAACAGGAGAAGAGUUUUCAUCGCGAAAAGCGGGAGGUGAUGUUAAAAAGAAGGGUUCAGUUGACCCAUUCGCUUAUGUACCAUUGAAUGGUGCUCUUCUUAAUCGUCGAAAGAAAAACAAGUUCAAAGGUUACUUCAAUAAAUUAAUAACAACCAAAAGUAAACCAGGUAAACGACAAAAAUAAAUCCUUCACAAAGUUUAAAUAUUCUGGAAAAAUAAAAACAAGUCAACUAAUUGUUAACACAAUUUAAUAAAUUGUAUUUCUGUGCAAAAAUGAAUUUAUUGCUUUAAUUAUGCAUCAAUAUCAAUACACUAAAUAUGUUUUCUCAUU